AUACGAAAGGGUCAUGGAGGUCACUGGCAUAAAUAAAGGAGAGUCCAUUCCCUUGUACUUGGGGUUCCCACUUCCCAGUUUCCUUCGAUGCUGAAGAAAUGGGUUCUGCACCGUGACUUUUAUCUUAUCGUCCACCCGAUUUUCACGAGGAUGAGGUACGAGGCCGAGGGGUCGCUUCAACUAAAAGUCUGUAACAAUGCUUCCCACCCUCCGAAAGUUCAAAAGCCGCUCAUCAGCUCGCUUUGCCUUUGCAUUUCCCCUUCUACGCCCUUUUGCUUCUUUCCCAGCCUCCCCUAGCUUCGCCAAUCUUUCCGCCCUUCUGCAGGGCCACAUCUUACACUUUCACCUCCUUCAAAUCCAUGCCCAAGUCUUUCGAGUCGGUGCCCAUCAGGACAAUCUGAUUGCCACUCGUCUCAUCGGGCAAUAUCCAUCACAUAUCGCACUCCGAAUCUUUCAUCAACUCCGUGAUUCAAAUAUCUUCCCCUUCAAUGCUAUUAUACGAGUCUUGGCUGAAGAGGGUCUGUUGUCCAGUGCCAUCUCCAUCUUCAAAACCUUAAUACAGCGUUCCCUUUCACCUAACGACUUCACCUUUUGUUUCCUACUCAAGGCGUGCUUUUGGUCCCGUGAUGCCCUUUAUGUCAAACAAAUUCAUACUCAUGUUGUGAAGUUGGGGUUUCUUGGGGAUCCCUUUGUGUGCAAUGGCCUUCUUGCAGUUUAUGCGAAAGGUAUUAAAGAUUUGGGUGCAGCUCGUAAGGUGUUUGAUGAAAUGCCGGAUAAGAGUGUGGCCUGUUGCUGGACUUCGUUGUUAGCUGGCUAUGCUCAGUCAGGCCAGACUGAGGAGGUUUUACGGUUUUACCUUAUGAUGGUUCAGCUGAACUUGCAGCCAGAAAAUGAUACUUUGGUCAGUAUUUUAUCCGCAUGUUCAAACCUUGAGAUUGUAGAAAUUGAGAAAUGGGUGUCAUCUCUAACAGAAAUUGACAAAAAGGUCGAUUCCAAGAAUUCCGCUCGUGAGGCUGUCAAUACCGUUCUCAUGUAUUUGUAUGGGAAAUGGGGGAAGCUUGAGAAGAGUAGGGAAAUAUUUGAUAAAAUUGUUGAUACUGCUAAGAGAAGUGUACUUCCUUGGAAUGCCAUGAUUGGUGCAUAUGUACAGAACGGUUGCCAUAUGGAGGCACUGAGUAUUUUCCGCAAGAUGGUGGAGGAUUUCAGUUGUAAACCGAACCAUGUUACAAUGGUUAGCGUGCUUUCAGCUUGUGCUCAAAUUGGUGAUUUAGAUCUUGGUAAGUGGGUGCAUGAGUAUAUGAAAUUUGAAGGAACUAAAGGUAUCAUUGGGUCAAACAAAAUACUAGCUACGGCGUUCAUAGACAUGUAUUCUAAAUGUGGGAGCUUGGAGAGGGCAAAAGAGGUUUUUGACCAGAUGUCCUCCCAAGAUGUUGUCUCCUUCAACGCUAUGAUUAUGGGCCUUGCAGUAAAUGGUGAGGGGAAGGAGGCAUUGAGGCUUUUCUUUAGGAUGCAAGAGUUUGGCGUACAACCCAAUGCCGUAACUUUCCUUGGUGUUUUAUGUGCAUGCUGUCACUCAGGUUUAGUAGAGAAAGGACGCCAAAUAUUCCUAGACAUGACCUCAAGCUUUUCUAUUUCCCCGCAAUUAGAACACUAUGCUUGCUAUAUUGAUCUCCUUGCACGAGUCGGCUAUGUCGAAGAAGCUCUAAAGGUUGUUUUUUCCAUGCCUUUUGAGCCAAAUAAGUUUGUCUGGUGUGCUUUGCUUGGGGGUUGCCUGCUCCACUUCAAAGUUGAUCUGGCCCGAUAUGUUUCCAGAAGGCUCGUUGAAGUGGACCCAGGUAAUUCGGCAGGUUAUGUGAUGUUGGCUAACGCGUUUGCAGUUGAUCGCCGCUGGGGUGAUGUCUCAGCUCUGAGGUUGGUUAUGAGGGAAAAGGGGGUGAAGAAGCAGCCAGGGCGAAGUUGGAUCAGCAUAAAUGGCGUCGUGCAUGAAUUUCUUGUGGGGUCGCCAUCACAUCCUCAUAUUAAUAGCAUAUAUCAUACACUGAAUGGAUUGAUGAAGCAAAUGAAGGUUGCAACUGCGUGAGAGAUCAGUUCCCCGGAUCUCAUGUUAAUAUUACUUGGGAUAUCUAUCGCUUACGAAGUGAUAUGGUUUUCUACUUGUUUGGCGAGAACUGAAAGGCUGGGAGUUCUUAGAUAGGAACUGGGGAUCCUUCGGCCCCAUGCAUGGUGAGCGCAGUCUUUGCUUCAAAAUUUCCCAAUAUUUAACCUGUGGCCGUCUCCUACUUACUGUCGGUAUCAGUGCCAUUCUUUUGUACAUUUCGUGGAUUUGUUUUAAUUGUUGUAAAUUUACUUUUUGGCCAAAUAUGUUAACUGAACGAUCUUUUUUUUGGAGAGAAAAUAAACUCUCAAUUCUUCAUUUGUAUUAAUACUCCAAGUGAUGGAUCUUAACGUGAAACAAUAGGAAUGGAUCCUAGUUAAUCAUGUUAUGAUUGGUACCAAUAUUGUCACGAAGAUUUUUGGUGGACUGACGGACACAUGAUCUAUUUUUGUU